AUGACUGUGGAAGUUCCUGAAAGUAUUCUUAGAGAGCUUGAGUCACUGAAGCUCGAAAAUGCUAAGCUUAAGGCUGAGUUAGCUGGGGAGAAGGAGUUUAACAAGUAUCCGAUGUCUCUGGAGGAAUAUAAACGUUAUGGGAGGCAGAUGAUUGUUGAGGAUACAGGCGGUGUAGAAGGUCAACUGAAGUUACGUAAUUCUAAAGUCUUAGUUGUAGGAGCAGGUGGACUAGGAUGCCCUGCGCUACCUUAUCUGGCCGGCGCAGGUAUUGGACACAUUGGUAUUGUUGACAAUGAUGUCGUUGAUACUUCUAAUUUACACAGACAGGUCCUUCAUAAUUCCAAUAAGGUUGGUAUGUUAAAAUGUGAAUCUGCCAAACAAGUGUUGAACGAGUUAAAUCCUCACGUGAGUGUCGAAACCUAUCCGAUUAGAUUAGAUGGAGCAAAUGCAUUUCCAAUAUUCGCAAAAUAUGAUUACAUUCUAGACUGUACUGAUACACCAUUGACGAGGUAUUUGAUUUCAGAUGUGGCAGUCAACCUGCAGAAAACUGUGGUUUCCGCCUCUGGGUUGGGUACAGAAGGCCAAUUGACGAUCUUGAAUUUUAAAAACAAAGGUCCCUGUUACAGAUGCUUUUAUCCUGUUCCUCCAUCGCCAACUUCGGUCUCAUCUUGUCAGGAGGGUGGUGUCAUUGGCCCUUGCAUAGGUUUAGUGGGUGUUAUGAUGGCUAUUGAGGUGAUGAAAUUAAUAAUGGAGGUAUACACGGAAGAGAGUUUCAAACCGUUUUUGACUAGUUAUUCUGGGUUCCCAACGCAAUCUUUGCGUACUUUCAAAAUGAGAGGUAGACAAAAAACAUGUGCCUGUUGUGGCGAGAAUCCUACUAUUACGAGGAAUGCUAUUGAAUCUGGUGAAGUGGAUUACACUUUAUUUUGUGGUUCAAGAAAAUAUAAUGUUUGUGAUUCGAUGGAAAGGAUGAGUGUGACUGAUUUUGAAAAUGAUUAUCACGACCGUCAAGAUUUCGUCUUCCUCGAUGUAAGGCCUUCCCAUCACUAUAGCAUUUCACAUUUCCCCAGCACACAUAACAUUCCCUUGAAGAAAUUAAGAGAUAUGGGCGGCUCGAUUUCAGAGUUACAAGAACAUGUUCCGAAUAUUGACAAGGAAAGUGAAGUAGUCGUUGUGUGUCGAUAUGGUAAUGAUUCGCAGUUGGCUACAAGAUUAUUAAAGGAUCAAUUUGGAAUACCUAAAGUUAAAGAUAUCCGGGGUGGUUUCUUUAAAUACAUAGAUGAUGUGGAUCCAUCUAUUCCAAAAUACUAG